UAACAUUUCAUCGCAAUUUAAGAAUGGACAGGCUAUUAAGAGAAAUGAACGUGGCGUGGCGAUGACAAGCCUGAUCUUGGAAAACGCAGACUUGAACCGACUUUUCCCGAAAUGUCGGCCUAGGGGUGGCCCACCCCCGAGUCCGGGGGCCUCCACGCAGAUCAGUCAGCCGCAUGAGAGCCUCUGCCAGAAGGAGGCCGUCUCUGUUACCACCAGCCUCACGAGUACACUCACGACUACGUUCGCAAACACUCUCACGACCACCCUUUCAAUCGCCUCCAAGAACACACAUCCGACGCAUUCGCGCGCGAUACCGGAAGACAUGAUCGACCUCGAGCGCGAUAUCUCCGAUAGGACCACGAGCAUGGUGUCCGGUUUCGCUGGUGAGAGUCAACUAUCCGUUGGUGUCAGCAGUGGCAGUGGCAGUGUUGGUGGUCCACUUGGAACAUUUAGCUCGCUUGGCACACUUAACACAAAACCACUUUCUUCAAGCUCCUCAUCUGCCUCUGGGCGCAGUGAGGAUGCGCAACAAUAUGGUAGCCUUCCAGGUAGUGAUCAUCAAAGUCACUCACAACAGGAUGAUAGUGGGCCUGAAGAAAGCCCUGUAUACAUUUUGACUUCUGCCAAAGGUGAUCGCAGUUAUAAGUUGAGAGAUUCCAGAAUUAUAGAAAUUGCUGGUGGCAGAGAAGUUUUUUCUCAAAGUCGAGGUAAAGUAGCAGCUAGAAAAUCACGCUUUCUUGCUGCAUCAAAUUCCUUGAAUAACGAAGAUAUUCAAACAGAUAAUAAAUUAUCAGUUAAAAGAAAUAAUAAGUCACCAAACACUCAAACUAUAUGGGAAUUAAGAAGCCGAUGUGGUGAUACAAGAAAGCAGCGUUCAAAUAGAGAAGUAACAGAAACUGUAUUUUCUUCAGAAAUACAUUCUGUGCGACAUAAUCCAGCAAAAUCUAUUCUUGAUUAUGAUUCCCCUAAGAGCAAUCACAGCAAUCGUAUUAUUAACUAUGAUUCAAUUUUGAAUAGCAAUAAUGUAGAAUAUAGUGUAUCAAAAAAUACUACAGAUCUUGAUUAUGGAUUGUCAAAAAGCUGCAUAGAUUAUCAAUCAAAUCAUACAACACCAGCACGAAGCAUGGCUAUUGUCAGUGACGGUGAAGUAGUUGUCUUUGAUGACAUUGAUGAUAACUGGCAAAAUUUGCGUCUAGAUUUAACUUCUAAUAAUACUAAUCAAGUUACAUCAACUAACUUAAAUCUUGAAACUGAGGAGUCUCAAAGAGGUCGCAUUCCACCAGAACCUCUAAGUUCUAGUAUUGGAAGUUCUCCGAGCCCAACAACGGCAUAUCAUCGUAAUACUUCAGAGUUUUUUAAGGUGAUUACUCCAGCUAGUGAUUGUGAAGUAGAUUCACCACCUUCAGAGCGCAAUCACAAAGUAACAAGAGUAAUUGGUGAAUUACCAAUAGCACAGUAUUCUGAAAGUCCGAGACGUUAUGGAGUACGCGAUACUCAACUGCCUUGCCUUUUGUCAUCACCAUCGGUAUACAUGACACCACGACCUGGUUUUCCACAGAGAGUAUUACCAACAACUCCAAGUCAUAAUGAGGAGGAGGACAUUUCUGCAGAAAUCAUCGUAGAAAAGGCUGUGGUAGAAACAAAUAUGAAUUACUCUGAUGAUCAAACUGUAAAUGCCUCUCCUCCAUCUCCUAAAAUUGAAGAUGAAGAUGAAGACUCUUUAAAACCAUCAACUAUACCGACUGAUAAUAUAAGUAAUUUGGUGUCAUCUGGUGGUAGUACAUUUGAUUAUCUGUACGAAUUCUCAGAAACUCGAAAAGUUCUUGAAGAAUUCUUUAAAUGUCCACCACCAACAAAAGAGAAAGAAAAUAGUACUGAAUCUUUCCCAUUUCAAGACCUUGAUUAUGAAUUACGAAGACAAGGGGGAAGUGCUUACGUUGGUCAGCGAUUAGCUAGUGGUCCACCGACAACAGAAGAAGUUUUAGUACAUGAAUCUCCUAAGAAACAAAGAACCGAUUUUCCACAAAAUACUGGUGAACAUGAAAACAAUUUCUUAGACCUCUCAGUAGGUACUGGAAGUAGUGAAGAUCUAGGAGAAACAGAAGUCGGAUUGCAAGUCGGGCACUCUCGCAAUUUUACGUUAAGUCCUGAAACGACAGAUUGCGAUAGUAAUUGUGGAGAUCUUGAUAGUGAAGUUUCUUUAAUGAUGAUGGAUAAUGAAUUGAUACCAGCUAGUGGUCUCCUUGGAUCUGUUGGUGACUUAGGAAAUAAUUCAGAUUCUUUGAGAAUAUACACUAGUAUGCCAGUUCUUGAAGAUGGCUUAUCCAGCGGACAUGCUAGUGACACUGAUAACAAUAAUCCAACUGUGAUGCUGAUGAAGCGACAAAUUAAUGAAAUUGAGAAAGAAAUUAUUCAGCGUAGUCGUGUUAAUGAUGUUACUCACCCGACUGCGGCAGAGAAUGAUACAGUUGGGAAAGAUCUUUCUGGCUUAACUGUUAGCAAAGAUAUUUUACAUUCUUUAAAAACUUCGUCACCUGAUUUAUUUGUUCCUAAAAAAGAAAACUCAUAUGACACAAAUGAGUUACAACUUGAUGGUCUAGAUCCCCUUGGGACACCACCACCCCCAGCACCUCAAGCUAGACAAAGCAUAAAUUUAGAAAUAGGUGGCGAAGUUGAAGCUGCUAUUAAAGACAUUAGGAUGGCUUUGCAGAGGACUAAAACUUUACCUGUGAAAUCUUCUACAGAAGAACCACCUGAAUCUAAUGUCAGUCCAAUCUGGAUACCAAGUAUAUCGGAUGGCAGGCGGAGAAUUUGCGUGGAGAAUAACAGCGACGAAUCAGAAGUUCGUCGUACAGGUGAAGAUGCAGAUGUUGAAAUCGAGGAAGGUCCAGAUGAAGAAGAAGCGGAUACUGAUCUCGAAACCGAUCGUUUACUUGGACAACAAAGAACAGAUGACCAGGGCUUCUACGACGACAAAGGGUGGAGGAAGCCUAAGACUAGGACAAUGUUACCACCGAUGAGUGGAAAACUGUCAACUCCUAAGCAAACUCCCCCAAAAAGCCUGAGUGUUGCUCCGGUAGAAACCCCGCUAUCACCUUCGGAACCUUUAGCUUCAACCUCCGCCUGUGUAUCCACUUCCGCUUCUGCCUCCAUCUCGCCUCCUCCGGUAGUUUCCGUUAUACAACCACCGCCUUCCGAUCGUGAUGUUACCACUCCCACGCAAACCACGACGAGUCCACAGAAGACUCCAGCAAAAAAUUCUCCCUCGUCCCCUCAGAGUCUCAAGGAAUCCAGCAACAAGGUGAAAAAGGAAAAAGAAGAGAAAAAGAAAAGCAGAAAUAAAGAAGUUCUUCUCGAUGACUCUUCAGUUUUGAUCGAGGGAGUUUUGUUCCGAGCGAGAUACCUCGGAUCUACUCAGCUUGUCUGUGAAGGAGAGCCCACCAAAUCUACUCGUAUGUGUCAGGCAGAAGAAGCUGUAUCCAGGAUAAAGGCUUUGGCACCGGAUGGUGAAACGCAACCGAGUACAGAAGUUGACCUAUUCAUCUCAACAGAAAAAAUCAUGGUUUUGAACACGGACCUGAAAGAGAUCAUGAUGGAUCACGCGUUAAGAACAAUAUCUUAUAUAGCGGAUAUUGGUGAUGUAGUGGUGCUAAUGGCACGAAGACGAUUUGUACCGCACGAAAUGGAAGAGGCACCAAAAAUCAACCGAACUCCGAAGAUGAUUUGUCACGUAUUUGAAAGUGAAGAAGCUCGAUUCAUUGCACAAAGCAUUGGGCAAGCAUUUCAAGUAGCUUACAUGGAAUUCCUCAAGGCAAAUGGCAUAGAAGAUCAUAGUUUCGUAAAAGAGAUGGAUUACCAAGAAGUACUCAAUUCUCAAGAAAUAUUUGGGGAUGAACUGCAGAUGUUUGCUAAAAAGGAAAUGCAGAAAGAGGUAGUGGUACCAAAGGCGAAAGGUGAAAUUUUAGGCGUAGUGAUUGUUGAAUCUGGAUGGGGUUCGAUGCUACCGACAGUUGUAAUCGCAAAUUUAGCACCAGCUGGUGCGGCUGCUCGUUGUGGACAAUUAAAUAUUGGUGAUCAGAUAAUAGCCAUUAAUGGCGUAUCGUUAGUUGGCUUACCGCUCUCUACUUGCCAGACUUACAUCAAGAAUUCGAAAAAUCAGACAGUCGUCAAACUGACUGUCGUUCCGUGCGCGCCAGUGGUCGAGGUCAAAAUUAAAAGACCCGACACCAAGUAUCAGUUAGGAUUUAGUGUACAGAACGGAGUAAUAUGUAGUCUAUUGAGAGGCGGGAUCGCCGAAAGAGGAGGUGUUCGGGUGGGUCAUAGGAUUAUCGAGAUCAACAAUCAAAGUGUUGUCGCCGUGCCGCAUGAGAAGAUCGUCAAUCUUCUUGCCACAUCUGUUGGCGAGAUAUUAAUGAAGACGAUGCCCACGUCGAUGUUUAGACUAUUAACUGGCCAGGAGUCUCCAGUGUACAUAUAAGCGUUUGGUUACCUGGCUGAUAUGCGUAGUGAACAGACAAUACAUCCGCCAUCCACUACCAUAUUAUUCACUACUUUACUCUCUGUACAGAAUUAUUCUACGCAAAUUGCUUUGUGUUUCGAUUCUCGUGGAAUUCUAUUCGUAUAUUCUCACCAGCUCCUGCUUAGCAAAGCAACACAACUUACAUAAACGCGUUGCAACAA